AUGUCCCGAGAGGUUCCGAACGAGGAUGAGCCACCCCGGGACCCGUCUACCCUGUCCCCUUCCCAGGUCCUGAACGAGACCAGGUCCUCCAACAAAGAGAGCUCUGGUUCUUCCAGUGGUCCCACGUCUGGGAGCCAGUCGUCCGGCGGCUCGGGGACGCUGAGUAGCGCCGACACCAUCCCCGUCACCUUGCCGUCGGUCCCCGAGGAGCCAGAGCGGCAGCCGUGGGGACGCCUGCUGCCCAUGCAGGAUGUCUUCCGCGCUCACGAUUGCUUGGAAGACGAGUAUUUGUUUGGCCGGGACUCCAAAUGUAACUACGUUCUGGAUGAUCCCGAUCACAAAGGAUCCCUACGAUUUCGAAUUUACAGCAAGAAACACUUUCGGAUCUACAAGGAAGGCGACCAGGUGUUUGUGGAAGACUUGAGCAACAACGGGACCUUUGUGGAUGGCGACAAAAUCGGACGCAACAAGAAAUUUCCCUUGGUCAACAAUGCCGUGCUGGCGUUGGCGGAGCCGCGGAACAAAGCAUUCGUCUUCAUUGACCUGACGUCCGACCAAGAGUCCGCUUUGCCCGGCCGGCUCCGCGACAAAUAUCUGCUGACUCGGCGGAUCGGAACAGGCGUGUGCGGCGAAGUGAGGCUGGCUUUUGAGCGGUCCACGUGCAAAAAGUUUGCGGUGAAAAUCAUCAACAAAAGCAACUUCAAGUCCGAGGGGACGGCCACCAGGAACGCUCAAACAGAGAUACAAAUUCUUCAGCGGAUUGAUCACCCGUGUCUCAUCAAGACUGAGGACUUCUACCAAACGGACGACACUUUCUUCAUCGUAUUGGAGUUGAUGGAGGGAGGAGAGCUGUUCAAUCGCAUCAAAUCUCAGCAGCGACUGAGCGAAGCCACAGCCAAGCUCUACUUUUACCAGAUGUUGAAAGCCGUGCAGUACCUCCACAGCCAGGGCAUCAUCCAUCGGGACCUGAAACCGGAGAACAUUCUUCUGUCCUCGCGAGACGACGACUGCCUCAUCAAGGUCACCGAUUUCAACCAGUCAAGGAUCGUGGAGGAGGCGGCCUUGAUGAGGACACUGUGCGGGACACCGUCCUACCUGGCGCCCGAAGUCUUGACGUACGCUGCAGGCGGCGGGGGUGGCUACGGCCUAGCUGUUGACGCCUGGAGCCUCGGCGUGCUCCUCUUUGUUUGCUUGUGCGGAUACCCGCCAUUCCACGAGAACUUCCACGAGCUGUCGGUGAGCGAGCAGAUCAUCCGAGGCAGCUUCACGAUGUUGCCAGCUAAGUGGCGCCACGUGUCCGAGCAGGCCAAGGAGGUGGUGAGGAAACUUCUGGUGGUGGACCCCGCCCAGCGCAUGAGCAUCGACGAGGCGCUCCAGCAUGCCUGGAUGCAGGACCCCGCGAUGCUGGAGAAAGCUCACCGACUGAUGUACCCGCCGUCUGACGAGGAGAAUGUCAGCACGGAGGCGGAGGAGUCGUCGUCGUCAUCGUCGAGAAAACGGCGACGAGAAGACCAGAGUGAAGAUCAGCUUCCCGCCAAACAAACUCCGCCCACGGGCACCUCAUAA